UGUCUGUCGGUUUCGGCGGCAGAAGCUCGAAGAGCUGCUAUCUUCAUCGGUCGCGCUGGUCGCUUAAAAGUGAAAUUUACUGAAUGAAAUGAAAUGUCUUCUGGCCAGCCCCACUGUCUGGCCGAGUGGCUUUGUGUUUGAUUAUUGAUUUGUGACUUUUGUCUUGUCGGCAAGGAAGCGUCUACAAAUUAGAUUGCCGCCCCAAAAGGAUUAAAAAAGCCUGCAAAUUAUAAGAGACAUUUCUCGCAGAACCGCAAAAAUAUUUGUUCCUGUGCCAGUGACAUUGAAUGGCCAGCCGAUUGGCCCGAAUAAAGAUAAGACGAGAAGCAACAGAAAACCCGAGACACCGAUCAACGAACCAAGCCAGCCGCAAGAUGAUUAGUGAACGCCACAAGAGCCGCGAUUUGGUUACGAUACUUGGCCUGUUCCACCUCCUGCUCCUCGGACUCGGUCUCGGACUCGCCUCCGGCGACCAUGUGGUCGGGGUCUUGGCUCAAUCAACAACCGCAUCCACAUCACAGCCGCAGACUUUGGAGACGAUUGGCAGCCAGGAUGGGGCUGCUGUGACGCCCGGUGCGACAACAGCUCCACGGCUGGACCCGAACAACAACAACGAGUGGCGUCCUCUUGGACACGGGGAUCCCCUCCAAAAGGAUCCCACCUACGACUACAGUCCGCCGGCCUUGGAUCGCGUUCGCUACUGGGCGGAGAACAACAGCACGGGCCAAAGUAAUCCGGAGGCGAGGAAAAAGGAACUACCACCGGAGGUUCUGCGCAACAAAACGAAAAGUGAGGUACUGCUCCUUGGAGUGGCAAGUGAACGCGUUAGGGUCCCGCACUCCCAGUCAUAUCCACCAGUUGGUGGUUUAGGCCCCUAUCACCAGCACCAGCAGCACCACCAGCUGCAGCAGCUCCAGCAGCAGCAGCAACAAGCUAAAUAUGCGGCCAUCCGAAGGAGCUACUAUGCCCCCACCCAACAACAACAUAACGCACAAAUGCCACAGCAAACCCACCACAUGCCACAGCAUCUACAUGCCCAGCAGCACAUGCCGCCCACCCACUUGAUGCCACCACCCAUGAUGAUGAUGAAAUCAAGUGGUUCGUCCGUUUCUCCCAUGGAAUAUAGGCACAGUAUGAUGGCCACGGGGGCGCCCACCUCCUACAUGAGCCUCAACCAUAUGAGUUCACCAACUCCCAAACAGCCGAUGAUUUCCUCCGUGAUUUACCAUCAGCCGCCAGCGAUGGGUCACCACACCUCCAUAUCGUCUUCAACGCCUUGGAUGACCAGUAGGCCACCAUAUCGUUUGAGUUACUCCGACCCUCAUCUGCAGGAAUCCAUGCACACAUACAGUUUUUCAAGGCCGCAUAACCAGCAAACGAUGAUCUACUCGCCCAACUCACUGCCAGGACAUCAAAAUGGAGCGAAGACAGGUCUUAGGAAACCCUGGCUCCAUGAGCUUCUCCAAAAAGAGGUGGUGGUAACGUCGAAGCCCAAGGUUAAGCCUACAAUGCCAGCCACAAAGUAUUUGAUGGGCACAACCAAACCACAUCACCCACAACCACCAGUUGGCUUGGGUUUAAGUUCUACCCGCCCCCCAUUUACCUAUGCACCCGUGACAUUUGUGCCCGGUCCACCCACCAUAGCAGUUCCGACUGUGGCCACUAGAAAGGAACCCCAACCGGAAAUCUACAUCACACCCACUCCCCAAACAAGUAGCUCUGGUUUUAGGCCCAUGAUGAUGACCAGCCCUAGCAGCGUGGGAACCACUCCAUCAACCACAACGACAACUUUGCCCAUUUAUCAGCGAGCCACAACGACCAGUAAUCGUUUACUGAUCCCCCAGACGAGCAAUCUAGCACAGAGACCCACAGUGGCUCCUGCUCCCAGUGAACCCACUACGGACUCUCUCUUCUCCCACUACAAGCAACCACCAAAGCCGCUGCUUGGACCAAUGUACCUCAUCAUCGAGGGUCACUCGAAAGUGAAGACCUAUGGCCAAAAUGAAUUGGAUCCACAUAGUCCCAAGAUAGUGCCGGUUAUCUCAAAGAGAGAACCAGUGGUUAGGAUAGCGGAUCCUAAUGAGAAGAGGGGAACUGUGGAGUCCUAUCAGGUGAAACAUUUGCACACCAAAACCACGCCUAUGACAACUACAACUACGACCAAAAAGCCCAUUACUAUGAAACCUACGACCACAAGAGCUCCAGAAAAAACUCCUGUAUAUAGCACCACUAAAGCACCAGUAAGCAGUAGCACUACAACAGUUGCUAGCGCUAGGAAAACCACAACCUCAAGAACUACUAAGGUGCCAAUAAGCAGUACUACCCCCUUAAUUACACCACAGCCCACUCCAGAUAACCAAAGCGGGGUCCAUGAUCUAAUGAGUCUACUGGACAAUAUGUUUGCCGAUGCCCAAAGGAUAGCCUCUUCCACUGAUUCGCCUUUGGUAGCCAGUUCGACCACGAGCACCGUUCUAAAGCCAGUUAGCACCAAGUUGUUGCCGCAGCAACCGGAACCCAGGAUAUCCAGUCAAGCGGCGGCCAUAGAGAGCCUCCCCGAAAAUGACACCCAUGAAGAUGAUGAAGCUGGUGAAGGUCUGGGGUCGCCGAUUUCCACUGAAACACCACCUCGGGCAACGCGUCAGGUAUUUGACUAUGAUCAAUUGCCUGAGUCACAGAUUAAAGACGGGGUCACCACCAGAGAUGAUAUAGUGGAGUACGAUGAUGAUGAUGAUGUGGAGGAGGGCUUUGAGGAUGAUAAUGAAACGGUCACUGAUGCUCAACUGGAAAAUGAUGAGGACGACGAGGAGAAGGCUGAAGAGCCAAGCAAUUUACUAAAACGAAUCGAUCAAUUUGUGGAUGAUGUGGAUGAUGGUGAUGACGACUUGGAGGAUCUUAUCGAGGGUCUGGACGAGGACGAGAUCGACGAGAGGCGACAGCAGCAUUAGCCCAAAACAUGCAUUUUUCUUGAACUGCGCUCUAUACCAAAUCUAUCAAAAACUUUUUCUCACGCCUAAUACGUUCUUGUACAUAAGUCAGCUUUAAUUGAAUCUGUAUUUAUUUGUUGUUAGUUGUUAGACCAUGCCGGCGUCACAAUGUGACUGCAUUCUAUACCCGUUUUUUAGUUGUUAAGUUUGAAAAUAAUUGAAAAUAAAACGAAAUACGAAGAUUAAA